GUGUGUGUGUGUGUGUGUGUGUACCUGUGUGUGUGUGCACCUGUGUGUGCGUGUGUACCUGUCUGUGUGUGUGUGUGUGUGUGUCAGGUGCGUGAGUUGAGGGAGAAGGCCCAGCAGUACGGGCGGCGUGCGUGGGGCACCCACUUCUCCCGGCAGCACUUCAACCAGAUCCUGUCGGAGCAGAACCACCUGUGGGAGGGCUCGGAGGCCUCCUCAGGCCACGCCUCCGCCUCCUCAUCAUCAUCCACGGAAGGCUCCGGCCCCUCCGGACAGGGCAGCCGCAACGGAGUCACAAGCCCCAUCAUAGAGGCCCUCGACCUGGCCAGGGUCGGCAGUGGGGUGGGCAGUGCGUCAUCUGCCCGAGCAUCACCGUGCCAUUCUUCCACCAGGGGGCGAGCUGCCUCUGACGCCCCUGCAGCAGUGGGCAUCACGACUCCCACCAAACAGGCCUGGGCACCUCGAGGAGAGGGGCACCCCCACCCCCACCAUAGGAGGAGGAAGGACGCAGAGACAGCACACGAGCCAGCGUCUGAGCCAACCAUCACCACGGUGAUGGAGGAGCGUGCAGAGGACGACAGGAGGACAGGACACGGCCGCGGGCAAGACCUGGAGCUGGUAGAGGAGGUGGAGGAGGAGGAGGAGGUGGUGGAGGAGCGAGAGAAUGGAGAGAGAGAGGGAGACGGAGGAGGAAUGGGAGGAGAAGGAGAGCAGGGUUCAGAGGCGGGCAGCAGCGCUAAGGAUCGGGGCAGGAGGGCCACCCCCAUUAUGAGGGCCCUCUCCCAGGCCCAGAGGACCCACCACGACCGCACCACCCCCACCACGGGAGCCCUUCUGGUGUCCCCUACGCGGUUGAAGGCCCCCGUGCCCCUGAGUCCCUCUCCCCUAAGGAAACCCCGCUCCCCCCACAGACCCCCUGCACCCCUGCCGCCCAAGGUUGAUGAGGCCAGGCUAGCCUGUAGCCCCCCUACAGCCGGCAUGAGGACCCUAGACCCCUUGCCCCUCCGUGAUGAUGUUUGGGUCGACAGUGGGAUCAUGGCCAAGGAACCCCAAAGAAAGAGGUCACCGGCACGCAGGUCGUCCCGGAGACGAGCCUCCAGCGCCCAGGAUUGGGAUUCUCCCUGCGCCACCGCCAAUCGCAUACACGGAUCGCUCAGGAAUCCAGAGUUCCAACACAAUGGUAACUUGGGCCUUCUUCGACCGUGGCUCUUUGUGUAUCCCACGAGUGAAACGGCCGUGUCCGACGAGGGCGAGGAGGAGCGCAUGUCUCAGAUUUCAGCCCGCUCUGCAGAAUCCUGCUCCAUGGCUACCCACGUGCUAGGCCGUGCAAUCAAGAGGAAGGACGACUUCUGGGGCAAAAGCUAGCUGUAACGUGUGUUUGUGUGCGUGUGUGUUUGCGUGUGUGUGUUUGCGUGUGUGUGUGCGUGCGUGUGUUUGCGUGUGUGUGUGUGUGUGUGUGUGUGUUUGCGUGUGUGUGUGCGUGCGCGCGCACACGUCUAUUUUCACUGUGUUUGUGUGUGUGUGUGUGUGUGUGUGUGUGUGUGUGUGUGUGUGUGUGUGUGUGUGUGUGUUGGGGCAGGCGGUAGAGGAGCGAUGUACUUAGUGAAGUUUACAGGGCCUCAUAGGUCAGCACAUCUAGACUGGGGCACUCACCAGUGAAGUUUUGGAACUCUCCUUGUCCUUGGCACAGGUACAAAUACUGUAUUUGCUUGAAUACGUUUUCAUAAAACUUUGCAUUAAGUAAUUAAAUAAAUUAUGUUUUACUGAGGAAUAGUAUACUUGACACUAAAAUGUAAAAUAGAUUUUAAUAAUAUACAUAUUUUAUUUUAGUAAUUUUUCUACUGGAGUCAGUCUUGUUGAAGACUUUUAAUACUUGUAGACUUGCACUUGAUAUUUAAAUGGAUUUCAGUGAACAAAUGUAAGAAAUACAAUACUGAUUAUGUAAAUUUGUAAAUGUUGCAUAUUUGUCUGUGCCUAAAAAGGCAAAACCGGCCUCAACUAGUGUCCCUCCAUGUGUUCUGUUCAGGCCAGAUAAUGCUGUAUUGGGUGAUGGGUUAUUUGUGGAAUAUGCCUAAAUAAAUAAAGCUUGAAAUUUUUGAAUAAU